UUACUAUUGAACAUCGGAAUAUCGGUAUAAGGGAUUGCGAUUGAGUAGGAACACUGUCAGCUGAUAUCGUGUUUAGAAGGUGAUAAGGCGUGCAUUAUUAAUUAUCUGUCGCUUAAACAUAUCAGAUUCAAUGCGGUCACCGACGAUGCCGUGCGUAGAGAUUUAGUUUCCAAAUGAAGCGGAUCGUAUGUGUAGAGUGUGAAUGAAUGGUUAUAUGUGCAUAUAGAGGUGUGAUUUGUAAUUCUAUUGUAAUGGAAUUGUGAAAUCGGAAGCUUGCCCCCUGUUCUCUGGGAAUGUAUACCAGCAUAUUACAUACACGUGUUCUCCAUUCUACUGUUGCCAGUUUCCCGGGUUAUGACGGCGAACACCUGAACUGAUGACGUCAUUUAAUCGUCAUGACCGCCAGCAGUACUUCAAAGUACCCGGAACGAUUUGGCUAUGACAGCUCCAGCCACGCCGUGUCCCCGGUGAUCACACUCGUCAUCCUCGUCGCGGGCGUAGCCGGCGGUCUCAUCAUCGUUAUCUCCUUCAUCCUCUUCUGCAAGUACUGCGUCAAGCGCAAGAAUAGUCUUACAAGGAGCCAGGGCACGGACUGCGAGCGGUUUUCGGACCGACGCUUCAAGCCAUUCCAGCGCUAUGAGACGGUUAACUCGGACAUGUUCUCAGAGCCAAGUACGGGAUCCAUGGACGGCAUUCCAGUCAGUCCCAGGCGGCUUUUCGAAACUAAAAGUCACGAGAAAAUACCGGAUAUUGACGAGGGAAACGAGAGUGUCACUCUAAAGUCGGACUAUGAAAAAGCUUAUUGUGAGACGACUAUAGAUCCGGAAGCACGUGACCCGACAUUGCAGGACUCGGACUCGGACUCAUCUUCGGAGAAACCGGAAGCUCGGGAACCAAGCGGAAGGCGAGUAUCUUUCCAGCUGGACUCCCAGCCGCCCUGCCCCACUGGAUACUUACGCAAAGGAAGAAGAUAUACAGACGGCGACUUUCACUAUUUGAAGAAAGCUCGCAUCCACAAAAACGUACCAAGACAAUAUUCUUUAGGAACACCUCUCCAAAAAGAGCAAUCAAGGGAGGUUACCCAUUCACCCCUCGCAUCAACCGCCCAUUAUCACAGCCCACAACACUCGAAACGCGCACCCGACAGCUUUCCCGCCAUCUAUACGCACACCCACCUUGGGGAAAGCCCUUCCGCGCUCGUCGAAGAUUCUGACGACCCUACAGCUCGCCUUGUAGAUGUCGAAGUACACGAUCAGACACUCCUUAGUGAUCUUAAUACAGUAUGUUUUGUCAACGAAACCGGAGCUUACGGUUACAGCUACGGCCAUUCCUCUAGACGUUCCUCACGCGUGAAGGACAUUCAGCCGACGUCAUACAGUAUGGACGGCGUGUCGCCCAUCGAUGCUAGACCGUACAGAGAUAAAAGACGCGUGAAAAGUUACGAUGACGUGUUAUAUUAUGACUACGAUGCGUUGAAAAUCACCGAGUUUUCCAGAGGACCGUUUUUUAACAGCGAGUUCGAUCCAAUCAUGGAAGUGGACAAUCUCGGAUCGAGCAAAGUGAGAUACAAUGACCGUGGCAGUCUAGAAGUUUUAAACGACGACAAACUGGAUAUAUAUGAGGACUUAGAGUUUGAAAAUAAUAUCAUACCCGAUGAAAGCGAUGCGGAUACGGAGACUACAAUAAAUGGGACGCACAAGUUCAGAGAGAUCUGGAACCUGCGGGCAACGUUCGAAGAGGAGGAGGAAUGUAGCGACACCUUGCGAAUGGAGGACAUGGCGUCACCGGAAGAGUCGUCACCGGAAAGACCGCCCGCGGGAGCCUCAUGUUUCCCGACAUAUCACCACAAGAAUGGCGUUGGUGCCAGUAGGGACGGGAACCACGGAAACCGUGGGAUUCAAAGAGCUAAGCAAAAUGGUGAAGGGAAUUGUAAAAACGAUUGCGUUGACCUGCAACAUAUCGAUCCAGAAAACUCAAAUUUGCUUCAUCCGAACUAUGAAAAUAGAAGGGAUGAUUUUAGAAUGGUUGUGAACAGGCGGUAUCAGAAACGUGGGUCCACAAGCGCCGAAAACAGCUUCGACAGCGUUGAGACGGGGGACACGACGGAAUCGAGCCGGCACGAGGUCACGACGAGCUUCGAGUCCACCACCGACAACACCGACAGCACCAACGACAGCCAAACAAGCCGUCUGCGACAGAUGAAGGCAGAUAGCGGCUAUAAAUCCAUGGAAGCCCAGCCGUCGUCAAACGGCGUAAAAAAGACUCCCGGCGACGAUAGUGAAAUAGAAGUGCUCGCCACGGACAUUAUUGACACGAAAAACAAGUGCGAGGUGCUAGAGGCGGUCGGGGGGAACGACUCGGUGACGGUCCCUCGGAGGGGAAGUCUGCUUGAAAAGCGCCGGGGACGGACGGCGUCAAAGCGGCGACGGGAGUACAGCAAAGACCGCCAGGUGGUGCGCCUCAAUGAAAGUAUUUAUGAACCGGAAACAGACUCAACGAGGUCGGACCAGCCAUCCGGGGAUAGCAUUGAGGAACCAGUAACUCCAAACACAAAAUUGUCAGUAUUCACGCGAUUUUUCAAGUCGCACAAAUCAAGGACAAAGAGCCUUGUGAGGGAUUUUAGUAUAGAUGAACAGUCGAACAACAUUUUUCAAGAAUUCAUUCGCUAUGAUCCUAAGUACGACGCACGCAGGUGCAGUAACGGAGGAAUCGAAUCCCGUCGCCAAAGAUUGCAGCGGAAGUGCACGGAUCCCGGUCCGGGAAUAUUCUUUGAAGAUCGGAAAUGGCUGUGCCCGGAAAUGAGAAGUACAAGUCUUGGGAGCGACAGCAGCGCGAGCUCUGCGCGCAAGAUUUCUUCUCAAGACAGCAUCGAGGAGGAGGUGAACGAGGAAGAAGACAUUGACGCUGUUGUGCUUAGUCAUAAGAACAAGAUUCUCGAGGAUCAGGAAGUGACGUCUCGCGCGGAUGUGACGUCAAUUUGUUGCGUGACAACGACCAAUGUGUCACUUCACGAGAUACCAAUCAUUAAGCUUCCGGAAGGAGAGAGUGUCGAUGUUGAAGUGUAAACAAUUGGAGAGCUGUUUAUACAAAGACUAAGGCGUUUUCUUUUUGUUUUACUUGAGCACAUAACAAUAGUAAAUUGUGAAAAAUGAAUUGCUAAGUAUAAGGUAUGUUGUGAUGAAAUAUCUUCAAAAUAUACAAACAUCCGUUGAAUAUUGUAUCACACAUAUUCUAAAAAAUGGCUGUUUUGUUAAAAUUUUAUUUAAUACAAAUUUAUGAAUUUUAAAU